UCAUUCACAGCUUCUCCUUCACGCUUUCUCAUUUGACAACCCUAAUUCUAGAACCUGCCGCUGCAAUUCUUCUUGCCUUUAACCUCACGCUGUAACGGUGGAACAUUAAGAACCUGCAAAAGCUUCAUAUCUUGGAUCCCAAAACCAUCGAUUUGUCUCAACCAAGUUCUUUUCAUGUUUGCUAGAUGUUUUUCAAAUCACAGAGCCUAGAUGGGGAUAUGAUUGAUUGUGUACACAUCUCUCACCGGCCCGCUUUUGAUCAUCCAUUUCUCAAAGACCACAAAGUUCAGAUGAGGCCAAAUUAUCAUCCAGAAGGACUUUAUGAUGAGAAUAGAGUGUCCAAUGAAAGAGAGAACAGAAUAGCAUUGAGGCUGGUUGGCAGUUUGAUGGCAAAGGUGAUGUUUGUAAAAUGGAUAGAGGCGGUUGAUUCUCAUCACGCCGAUGAUGGCGUCUUAAUGGUUCUAUAUUUGUUUCCUUAUUUAUUUGUACCGGUAAACCCUAAUUGCUUCAGUUUGUUUAAUUUUCGAUUCUUUUUCUAUUCCUUUUGCAGAUCGUUGUAG